CCUCCGGGUAAAAUAGAUUAGCGGAAAUACCCACCACCCCUAACUGUCAUGUCUUAAAGAAAAUUUGGAACAAGAUAUUAUUCUCGCUCUCCCGAGCCCUUCAACAGUUUGUUUGGUGGAAGUUCUGGCUUUCUCUUGAUGGUUUUUGGCGCAACGGGAAGGAAAAGGAGAUAAUAAAGGAAUGGCAUUUAAUGGAAGAGGGAGUAAUUUCUACCUAAAAAUGUUAGCAAGUGAAAUUGGGAAUACUAUAAACAAAGCAGCAAGCAACCGAGCAAAAGGAUGGUACACUCCUUUCAUGGCAGCUGCCUCUCGAGCCAUUGCAGAACGAAUCCCAUUGGUUGAUUUCGUUCUUGAAGUGAGAGAUGCAAGGAUUCCUUUGUCUUCAGAGUGUGAGCUACUGACCAAUCAUCUAGCUAGCUCUCGCCGAAUCAUAGUGAUGAACAAAAUGGACCUAGCUAAUCGCUCUCAGCUCAAGGACUGGAUCAAGUAUUUUGAGCACAGAAACUGCAUUUCUUAUGGGCUCAAUUCUCACAAUAAGGAAAAUGUCAAAAAGUUCCUUAACUUUUUACAAGCCCAAAUCAAAGGAUUGAAGAACAUUGAUCAUUCUUGUUCUACCAUAACAAUGAUGAUGGUCGGGAUUCCCAACGUUGGUAAGUCAGCCCUAGCCAAUUCUUUGCAUCAAGUUGGAAGGAUUAGUGCUGCAGAGAAGGGAAAAUUGAAGCAUGCAAAAGUGAGCCCACAUCCAGGAGAGACAAAAGAUAUCAUCAGCAUGAAGAUUGCUAGUCAUCCCAAUAUUUAUGUGAUGGACACUCCAAGUAUUUUGCCUCCACAAAUUCUUGAUACCGAGGUCUGUUGCAAGCUAGCUUUAACAGCAGGAGCAAUUAGCGAUUGUUUGAUUAGUGAAAAGGAACUUGCUCAAUAUUUUCUUGCCAUUCUCAACUUUAGUGAUGAAUAUAAGAAAUGGGAAAAGCUGUCCACCCUUGAAAAUGAUAGAUCAUGCAUAGACCAUAAAGAAGAGUGUUCAAGCAGCAGACAGCCUGACAUGAAAAGAGAAAGGCAAAAUUUCACUGAUCACACUCAGGAUUUUAUAGUGCAUAAUGUUCGGCGAAUGCUCUUUGAAAAAAUUUCAUAUUUUGAUGGUGACGUGCAAAACGAAGUGGAUUUGCAGAAGCUUAUUGAGUUACAAUUGACAGCUUUGAGAGAAGCGUUUCACUUGCCUCUGGAAUUAGGGGAUGAUGCUCGCAGUAAGGUUGCUACAAAGCUACUUAAUCUGUAUCGUACUGGGAGGCUUGGACAUUACACUUUAGAUCCUCUUGCAAUGGAACUUACUGACACAGAAAUUACUCAAAAGGAAAGAGCAGGUUAACAUUAUAAAGGUUAAAAGAAAGAGGUGGCUUAAACCUUAACUAACAGUAUCAACAGUUUGUUUAUUGUUGUCGAAUUGGCAAGUAAAUUAGUGCACUGGCAAUUUUUUGAGAGUGAACAUUUUCUUUCAUGAAAAAGGGAACACAUUUGUUUCUAACCAGCUACAUGUCUGCUUGGCGUUUAGUAAUGCAAGUGAUUUUUCUCUGUCA